CCGGAAAUUAAAACGAAGAAGAAAAAGACUUGCGCUUGUAAAAAAUGGUGGCGACGAUGUCCACGGAAGGAAUUUAGGCAUCGUCAAACUUUACUACUAACAACCCAGCGAAUGAUAUUUUCAUCCCCGUUGUCUCAUUAGUGUCACAAUGGAAUGCAUGUUCAUCAUGAACCGAAUGGGCUCUCAAGGUGGCUCUGCAUCCCAGCGGCGACGUAUGGCUCUGGGGGUGGCAAUACUUCUGCUGGUGGAUGUCAUCUGGGUAGCGUCGUCUGAGCUCACAUCAUACAUUUUCAAGCAUCAGGACUACAACAAGCCCUUCUUCAGCACAUUUACCAAGACAUCUAUGUUUGUACUCUACUUGUUGGGUUUCCUGCUGUGGCGUCCUUGGAGGCAGCAGUGUACUGGUUCCCUCAAACACCACAAUGCUUCCCUGGUAACUGAUGCAGAUGCCUACUUUGCUCCCUGCAACAAUGACACCACUGUGAACAACUGCUUGAGUGAACCACUGUAUGUACCAGUGAAGUUUCAAGACGUACCUGCUGAUCAUUCCAAUUGUUUACAUGAAGCCUGUGGAUCUUCAGGUUCUAAAAAGCAGAGGGUGCGUUUUAGUAAUAUUAUGGAGGUGCGGCAGCUACCAUCUACUCAAGCCCUGGAGGCCAAACUGUCCCGCAUGUCCUACCCUGCUGCCAAGGACCAUGAGGCCAUAUUGCGCACAAUGGGCAAGCUCACCAUCACUGAUGUGGCCAAAAUUAGCUUUUUUUUCUGCUUUGUGUGGUUCCUGGCCAAUUUGUCUUAUCAGGAAGCUCUCUCUGACACACAGGUUGCCAUUGUUAACAUUUUGUCAUCCACAUCAGGCCUGUUUACACUUAUCUUUGCUGCCAUAUUUCCCAGUAACAGCAGUGACCGUUUCACCUUGUCCAAAUUGUUAGCAGUGGCACUGAGUAUGGGGGGUGUUGCACUUGUGAGCCAUUCCAGCAUGGACCGUCCUGACGAGAAAGGCACUAUUGGUUCCUUAUGGUCACUGGCUGGGGCGUUAUUAUAUGCUGUCUAUAUUGUAUUAAUCAAAAGACUGGUAGAUCGAGAGGAUAAGCUUGAUAUUCCCAUGUUCUUUGGGUUUGUGGGUCUAUUCAAUCUGCUGCUGCUGUGGCCUGGCUUCCUCCUGCUUCACUACACAGGGUUUGAGGCCUUUGAGCUUCCCAGCCAGCUCGUGUGGACCUACAUCCUUGUUAAUGGUCUGAUUGGAACAGUUCUCUCUGAGUUUCUUUGGCUCUGGGGCUGUUUCCUCACAUCAUCCCUAAUUGGUACACUGGCCCUGAGCCUCACCAUACCGCUCUCUAUUUUGGCAGAUAUUUGCAUGCAGAAGGUACAUUUCUCGUGGCAGUUUUUUGCUGGGGCAGUGCCUGUCUUUCUCUCCUUCUUUAUUGCCACACUUCUAUGCCACUACAAUAACUGGGAUCCUGUCAUGGUGGGGCUGAGGAGACUGUAUGCCUUUAGCUUUCGAAGACAUCGCAUCCAGAGACUGCCAGAGGACAUUGAGCUAUGUGAAAGCCUUAUUCCGCUGCACACCGUCUGAAUGAAGAAGCCUGUGUUCAUGAUAAAGAUUCAAAAGGUAGCAAAUGUGAAUCAUCUGGUUGCUGUCUGAGACGAUGAACCACCCAGUGCCUGUCGAUAGAAUGUGCUACGAGGUUGUGACAACACAUUCAUCCAUGCUGUGUUACACCGAAGGUGCUGGACAUCAGUAGUCAUAUCAUUAUGUCAUGUGACCAAAUGAAAAGGUAUGUUGAUGUUCAUUGGUGCAAUAACAGAGAAUAUAAAUUGAAGUAGGAUCCUCCCAAGAAGUACAGUACAUACCUUUUUUUUUAUGGGCGUAUGUUCUUCUUUGUCAUUGUGUAUCCUUACUCAUUUGCACUUACUCACUGCCUUUUAUUGUACUGCCUUUGAGAAUAUUAUCAAUGCAUUUGUGAAGUAUCUUGUUGAAACCUGUAUCAAAACACUACGUCAAAAACAGAGUGUCACCUGAAGUGUAUCUGAUUUAAAUUUAAGGUAUUGAAACCUAGCUAGCUUAGUGUCACUUAUGCAGCAGUGAUGAGUUUAUGAUACUGAGCUUGUGCAGGUCAGGUUUUACAAAAAGCAAACAUCUGCAUUGUACUUAGAUACAUUUUUUGGUGAAAUUAACUCCUUAUGGUUUACUAUUUUAUUAUUUAUUUUUUUAAUCCCUGUCAAACGGAUCUCAUGCACACUUUUAUAUUUAUCAAACUGGUACCUGUUUUUUUUCUUUGUUAGACAACUAUUUGUCAGUCGUUGGUGAACUAUUAUCAAGGAAAACCUUACACACUCAUUAUUUCCUCAGUAAUAUCCCCUGUAACAGAAACACAAGCAGUGUGUUUAAUAACUUUAUAAGUGGUUCAUAAUUCUUCCAUUAUAAGUUAGAAAAUGCCUUUAGAAUUAGACUAUACUGUAUAUUGUUCACAGUUAACAUGACUUAGAGUGUAUAUUGUGCACCGUGAAAAUAUAAGCUAUUCAUGUUUUUGAUUAUAUUCAGCUGCCCACAAAUUUUUUGUUUUCAUAUCGAUAAUCAUUUGUAUUUUUAUGUAAAUUAUUACUGCAAUAACAACAUUUUGCACCACAACCAAAUAUUAAUUCUACUUGCAUUUGGGAUUGUAUUUCCUAAUAGAGAAAAGCAUUUGUGAUAUUUGUCAUACAGUUCGAAUUGUAAAUGUUGGGUCUGUUUCUUGGUCUGUGUCAACUGCAAAAGAAAAUCCCUUUAAUAAUGCUUUUUAUGUUUCCCGUCUCAGGUACUUAUUCAUGAUCAUUCAAAGAAUAUCUGUGGAUUUUUGAAUGUCAUUAAUAAAGAAUUUUGCUACA